AUGCAAGCCCAGAGUGGGGAUCAGACUCCUGCCUCCAGUCCUUCUCAGACUCCUGGCCCCACUCCUUCUCAGACUCCUGCUUCCAGUCCUUCUCAGACUCCUAGCCCCAGUCCUACUCAGACUCCUAGCCCCAGUCCUUCUCAGACUCCUGCCUCCAUUCCUAUUCAGACUCCUGGCCCCAGUCCUUCUCAGACUCCUGGCCCCAGUCCUUCUCAGACUCCUAGCCCCAGUCCUUCUCAGACUCCUGCCUCCAUUCCUAUUCAGACUCCUGGCCCCAGUCCUUCUCAGACUCCUGGCCCCAGUCCUUCUCAGACUCCUAGCCCCAGUCCUUCUCAGACUCCUGCCUCCAUUCCUAUUCAGACUCCUGGCCCCAGUCCUUCUCAGACUCCUGGCCCCAGUCCUUCUCAGACUCCUAGCCCCAGUCCUUCUCAGACUCCUGCCUCCAUUCCUUCUCAGACUCCUAGCCCCAGUCCUUCUCAGACUCCUGCUUCCAGUCCUUCUCAGACUCCUGGCCCCAGUCCUACUCAGACUCCUGGCCCCAGUCCUUCUCAGACUCCUAGCCCCAGUCCUCAGCAACAGCACCUUGUCUUCAACUACUGCUGA